AUGGUUGAAGUCUCGAGAUUGGCAAGUAUUCACUGGCGCAACGAGGACGAAAAAACUCGCGAUGAAUACAAAAAAAUCGCUUCAAGGGUCGAUACGAAACUAUGCCAACUUAGAAAAGAACAAACACAACCUCCAUAUCGCAAAUUCAUACAUUGGCAAGAAAAGAGCAACAAAGAAUCUCCCACUAUUUCUGAAAUCGAACCCAUCAAGUCAGACACAUCUUGCUGCGAAAACUUGAUUCUUAACCUUGAGUCCGAAUUUGGAAAUUCACUUUACCCUGAGGAAUUCAUUGGAACUGAGGAGCAGUACUUGCCCAUUAAUUAUAAUGAUUUCGGCAACUGUGAAGAACCGUUGUG